AUGGCUUCGGGUUAUGGAAUGAACGGCGGCCGCUCAAGAUGCUUCCCCUUCUGGCAGGACUAUCUUGCGUGCAAUGCUCAGUCUGAGAAGGCCGGAGAGUGUGCUUUGCCGCUGCAGGAUUACAUGGAGUGCUUGCACCACACUAAGGAGGUAUGCGAUUUGUGUUACAUGGGUGAAUAA